GAGGCGGAGGCAGCGCGGCGGCUGCAGCAGUGGCCGCAGCGGCGGCCCUGGGUCCCGUCUACCUGGCAUCAUCUCGUCUGGCCGGAGGUGGAGGAGAGGCCGCCAUGGCCGCGGGUCGCGUUCUGCCCGACCUGACGCCCUACUCGCUCAGACCGUACGACUUCGCCCGGCACCUGCUGUCCUCGCAGAGCGCCGUCAGCAAGCUGCUCGCUUGCACCGCCGGCGUGAAUGCGGGGCGCUACUACGAGGGCGGCUCGUUGCGACCGGGCGUCAUAGGCGGCAGCAAGCCCAAGGUUGCCACGCCCGUCGUGGUGGCCAAGAUCGAGCAGUACAAGCGUGAGAACCCGACCAUCUUUGCCUGGGAGAUCCGCGAGAGGCUCAUAUCCGAAGGCGUAUGCAGCAACAACACGGCGCCCAGUGUGAGUUCCAUCAACCGGAUCCUUCGCAACCGAGCCGCCGAACGCGCCGCGGCCGAGUUCGCGCGCGCUGCCGGCUAUUCCAUGUACCACCCGUACGCGGCGGCCGCUGCGGCCACGCUGCCGUGGCCGUCGCCCGCCGCAGCCGCGGCUGCCGCUGCCGCCGCGGCAGCCGGAGGACCGGCGGCCGCCGCCCUCUGGUCUCCAUUUCUCGCGGCACCCGUAGCUGGUAACGGACCUUCGCACCACGGAGCCGGCUCGGGAGCCGGAGGCGGCGUCGGCUCCAGCCCCGCGAACUCGAGCCCGGACCCCGCGGCGCUGGCGGCAGCGUUCAGGGCCCGCACGGGCGAUGACCUGGACAAGGACGGCCUCGGCGGCUGCGACGAAGGCGCCAGCUCGGACUCGGCGGACCGGCCAAAGUUCCGGCGCAACCGCACCACCUUCAGUCCCGACCAACUGGAAGUGCUCGAGGAGGAGUUCGAGAAGACGCACUACCCGUGCGUCAGCACCCGCGAACGCCUGGCAGCAAAGACGAACCUCUCGGAAGCACGCGUGCAGGUGUGGUUUUCCAACAGACGGGCGAAGUGGCGCCGGCACCAGCGCAUGAACCUGCUCAAGCCCGGAGCCGAAAUGCCGGCCUCGCCAAGCAGCUCGGUCCCGUCCUCGCCGGAGCCGCCCGGGCCGCCGGCCACGCCACCGCUCGCUAGCCGCCUGUCCCCACCGCCGCCCCUGCAGCCGCCCUCCCGGCCGCUGGUCAUGCCACGCAUGGGCGGUGAGAACUCGGCCUUCUCCAAUCCGGCGGCCUCCCGGCAGCAGUCGGUCACGCCAGUGUCCGAAUACGCCGGCUGACCAGGCCGGACGGUCGCCACAAACCGAUCCCGGUGGACCACCGUGUAAAAGCUCAACCAAAUUGGGACUCGCGAACGCGCCUCCACCAAGGACCAGGACUGCGCGCAUUGCUCCCGGUUCUCAAAGUGCUGCGGCCCCGCUGCCAUCCUGUGCCCCAGGUACGGACGUAAUCCGGUUGUGCGCUACUCGCGACCCUGUGCCUACGUGCGUUCGGGCCAGGUCAACACCGACUCAGACCAUCGGCUGCGGAAGGGUUUUCGACAGAGUGCGGUACGAUCUAUCAGUCCAGGACGAGUGAACUUCAGUGUUAAGUGAAAAUGUGAAAAGCGCUGAGGUCAUUGUGCGCCACAGACAGUGAAAUACACAUUGCCAUGUGGGCUUUGACUAGACCGUGCUUCGUUUCAGGACAACCUCGAAAAUGUGCGUCGUGACGGCCGGUGCAGAAGACCGAAACUUGACGCCUUAGUGUUUUUUUUUGUUUUUUUUUGCUGUGCGGUGCUUCGAUGUCGAGCUGUAUGACUCGCACUUUGUUCUUUGACUGUGGGGUGCGCGGGGGACGAUGUCAAGCUCGGCGCAGUGCGCGUGCGCCACUCAUGCCUGCAAUAUCUAUGCUGUGCUGCGGACAUGCUCGCCCUAGUCCAGCAUCUAGACAUCUGUCUAUGGCGUCCACCAAAGGCCCCUUCGUGAAAGACACUAUGCUUGUUUUUUUGUUUUUUUUUAUUCCACUCAAAGCAGCCUUUCUGUACAGUUACGCACAGUGACACCAUCGCUGCAUCUGCUGCAUAUGCAGUGAGUUCCCGUGAGCCUGUGUAUUUGCGUAUGUGUCACUUCGUGGCCAAUCCAUGUCCUUUCUCUUGCGUGCUGGGGACCUUGAGAGCACGAGAUCGCUACCCGCUCGACUAUACAGUGACGACGCCAGAUUACACCGGCAGACUUCUAUCACCGAGGACAGUAUUGCGGCGGCCUCAUUGCUGUGAUAGCCCAGUAGCAUCGCGUCUUGCACCGAUCUCAAGGCCAGCCAUACUUAAACGGCUAGGUGGUCUUAACUGCAAUUCAGUGGCACCUGCCGCCAGUUGUAGCGGUGCGUAACGGUUGCAGCUGUUCGCCUUCGGUACUUUUUUUCUUUAGCCCGAUCGAUAUUCAUGCUAGUAAUCGCACCAACAUAAUUUGCAUCACUCGUAAUUUUUUGGAGAUGAAGUACCACAGAGGUAUUGCAUCGAUCAGAAUCUCGAGCUGCAGAGUUCUUUUUUUAAACAAAGGGAUAUUUCAUGGUGCGAAUGACAAAAAACAUGAGCUGUAAAUAUUUAUCACUUUGAGUAAUUGUUCGCAUUGUGCUUCUGUGAGCAUCGUGUUCGAGUUACUAGCGCUUGAGAACGAAGGCAACCAAAAUAAUGGCACAUUAUGCAGGCGUUUAUAUAAUUGAAAAUCGUUACCGAAAGCAGUCUUAAUAGCCUAAAACUUUCCACGAAUAACACCGUGACUCAUUUCUGAGAACCGGGGUACCGUAAGCGCACGGAAAUUUAAGACAGAACACGUCAUAUUGUUGACGUCACAAAAAUUCGUUGGCUUUCUUUUCACUCAAGCUGCGAUAAUCCUGCGUGACAACACGCGCAAAACGAAAUGACUGCAAAUAGAGAGGUGGUCUGAGCUGUUGUUUAGAUCAGAUGCAGGUCACGUGGAUGCUGUUGAGUGUAAUUGGAAUCGUUUUCGAGAUUGUCGCGUCGCGAGUGUUAGAAGCAACGGCAAGAUAGCGCGACACGGUGACGGUUUAUGCGGAACAAGGACAAUACGUGCGAUGCCGGUGUCCGCGCUCGUCUGUGUUUCUGUCAGUGUUCGCCGACUGCCGCGAGAAUCAGGAGUCCAGCCGGUGCUACUGUUUGGGCAACGCGCGUUCAGUACUCACUAUGCCGACUCCGUCCAUUAAUUGUUUCACCUUGGAAUGCCUUCUCUAUGCUACGAAUAAAAUAUUCUCAACCCGCA